ACUGCUCCGUAUACUCCGUGCUUGGGUAGACUAUGUCCAACGGCCCUCCUCGGCUGCUUUGGACUCCUCGAUCCGGGUCACCCCUCCAUGAUUCCCUCUGUCUUCCGGUCAUUGUUGGCGCUGGACUUUCUGACAAGCUGCAUCUGGAUUUGCAUCUUGCUGUGUUCUGUAGUCAUUCAGCCCAUUACAAUCCUGAAUAGUUGUAAUUAUAGCACCCCCGGCUGUUUUUUAUGUGGUUGCCUAGUUUUUAUAACUUAUUACGGAGGUCCAUGUCUCCACGCCUUCAUAUCUCCACGACGACUCCAUAACAAGGUGCUGCAUAUAGGAAGUUUCUGUUCCCCUCCAUUGCGUUCCACUUAAUAUAUAAAGCCCUCCUCGUCAUCUGCUUUCCUUGCUAAAUCCUUCUUCUUCCUUGUUUCCCCUCAUUCAUUCUUUGUUGUUCUAUAUUCUGCGUAGCCAGUGCUACCCCACCAUGGCCUACUACGGACAAAGCCCCUACUACGGAGGAGGAGGGGGAGGAGGAGAGCAACCUCGUCCUUACGACCGUCCUCCAUAUGGCGGUCCUCAACCUAAUCAACCUCCACCUAAUCAUUCCCAAUCUAAUCAUCCUCCAUACGACCGCCCUCCCUCCGAUCGUCCUCCUUACGAUCGUCCCACCUACGAUAGCCGCCCUCCAUACGAAAACCGCGACCAAUCCUACGGCAGCCGUCCUCCAUAUGAAAACCGCGACCAAUCCUACGGCAGCCGUCCCCCCUACGAAAACCGUGACCAAUCUCACGAUAGCCAUCCCCCCUACCAGGAACAACGCCACGAUUAUCCCCAGAACUCUCGACCCCCUUACAACAAUCCUCCACCAUCUGCCCGUCCUCCCGCCGUUCCUCCCCCACCCCUCCCCACGGGCUGGGCUCAAGAAUGGGAAUCCAAUGUCCGCCGUGCAUUCUACGUUGAAAUAGCCACGGGACGGACAGAAUGGACCCUCCCAGCUGAGGUUGUUGCGGGCGGGGCCAGAGGGGGCGAUUAUUAUCGUGGCGCCCCUCCGGUUCCUCCUCAACCUAAUAUGCAGGGCCAGCCUCCUUACCAGGAUAAUACGCAGCGGGCGGCGUAUGACCAGCGAGCUUACGACCAGCAGGCCUAUGAGCAGAAGAUGCAGCAGGAGAAGAAGAGUGAUAAGAAGAAGCUGCUUGCUGUUGGUGCGGGGGCGUUGGCCCUUGGUGUGGCCGGUGGUGCCUUUUUGGGGCAUGAGAUAACUGAACACCAUGACGAAGAGCGCGAAGAAGAGCGCGAAGAGAGACACCAUCACCACUCUUCGGAUGACGAGGAACGUCAUUAUUCCGACCAUGGGGAUGACUGGUAA